AUGGAUUCAAAUUUAACGGAAAAUUCAACCAUUAGUUAUUAUAAUCAAGAAUCGUUUAUGAGUUAUGAAACUAUGCGAAUUUUUUUUUUCGCUAUUGCUAUUAUAACUGUGCUGAUUUGUCUUACAAUCUGUACGACCGUGUGUAUAUGUAUCUGUUUAAAACGUCGACGGGAAUUGACACGUCAUGAAAAUCGAGCCAAACUUCUGCCGGAACAACCAGUGAAAUCAUCCAGCAAAAGGUCAACCCAGAAAGCGUCUAAUAAUUCCACAACUGCAAACGGGAAACAAAGUUCAAUAGUUCUCUCGUCGAGUUCAAACGCGACGAAUUCAGCAGUAAAGUCAUUCUAUGAUAAUCUUGACGAUAUUCCAUUCAUCGAUGAAUCUCGGCCAACAAGUGUGAUUGAUAUAACACAAGUUUAA